AUGCUUUCCUCAAAAGAGCUUUGGAACUUACCAUCUAGCAUUGGUAAUGGGGCGCGCUCACUAAGUGGCUCCACUAGCUAUUCCUUUCUUCCCUCUGCCUUAAUACAGGCCGGAGGAGGAGGACCCGCGCCGGGGAAUGGAGUAAUGCCCUCAUCCACCCCAUCGCAUGAUUAUUCACAGGAGGUAUGCAAGUAUUUCGUAAACGGUGGCUGCCUUCGCGGUUCGGCCUGCCCGUACUUGCAUGAGCUUCCUGAUGAGCGUCAUCUAGAUGUGAACGGGGUCGGUUUUAUUCUCAAUCCGAACGUUCAUAAUGCGCAGAAGACGGUUCCUUCGCAGUCUGGUAUAGGCACCAAUUCGGGCACGCAGGUAUCUCCGACCUCCGGCAGCUCGCUUAUUGGCCUCGGUCUCAACAGUCAACAAUCCCCUAAUAGAGCAUUCCAGUAUAAGGGCUCCAUUGCAAAGAAUCGUUUCAACUCGCGUUCUCCUUCCUCGGUUUUUUCAAAUCCGUUGAACAACACAAAACCCCCGUCGAGGUAUCGCCCGCCGGAACCUUAUUUAGAGUUUAAUCUACCGCCAGUUUUAGCUCUUCUUCUACAGUGCAACACUAAGGAUUUAGAAGUAAAUCUGAAAAGAUUACUAUUACAAAAUUAA